AUGGAGCAUGCGGGUGCCGGGAAGGACCUCAAAGCAGUGGAGGCCAUGAUCAUUGACACCAGCAUGCUUGGACUGGAUCCCCACCUGCACUGCCGAAUGCUGGGUCCAGCCGCCUCAAGGCCGACACCCAGUGAUGUGGUGAAGUCCAUCGAGGCCCAGCUCCUGCAGCCGCAGAAGUUGCCCAGCGCCAUGCGUAUGCACACAGGCCCAGCGCCCACGGUGAAGAGGUCGGCGCUGCCCUGUCUCGAGCUGCAGUUUGAACCACGUGUAGCUUUGCCCCCCUGGGAUGUAGGUUUGCUGCAGGUGCACUUGCCCACGAUGCAAGGCAAAUUACAUAUGCAACUUCUUCUCCAACUUUUGACUGCCAGUGUGGCGAGCGCGGCCAUUUGCCCCUCCGGCGAAUGUCGGGCGACAUCGGAGGCCGAUGUGGAGCUCGCGGAAGCGGAUGAGCUGGCAGCGAUAGACUUCCAGCUCCUGCAAACCAAGGUACAGCAUGAGGUGAUCCAUGUCGAGGCGUAUGCUGCCUCCGCCAUUCCGAAGCGGGUCGUGUCUGGCGAAGGCGGCGUGUGCUGGUCCGAGGAGGAUUGCUGCUCUGAGGACGCAGAUGAGGCAUACUGCCCUUUGUUCUGCAAAGCUGGCACCGAGAUCGACACGCACAAUGCGAAGGGAUGGGAGGUCAAAGGCCAGUGUAUGAAGAAAUGGCCUGGCUACUGCCGGGAGGACGAGCAGUGCAAGACCAUCAGCCACGCUAAGGGGGAAAGCGGAGAACCCUCGUACAUUGGGAACUCCAUCUGCUUCCGCUCUGCUGGAUCUCUGGAUGGCACUUGCAGGAAUGACACCCUCUGUGAGUCCAUGUCGUGUGGACGAGGUACUUGCCGCUGGGGGAAAUGCACCUGUGACUUCGGUGUUGGCGGAGACCACUGCGACAAGUCCACCGAGGCGUUUGCCUUUCUCUUCUAUGGGGACAGCUCUGAAAAUUUGAUCUCGGUGCGAGUGCUUGUGAAGUCGAUGAGGGCCGCCGGAGCAAUUCAGGACAUCCUGGCGAUUGUGCCCAAGAACAUGGUCGACAAGACCCCCAAGCUGCACCUGGAGAUCCUGAUGCGCGAUGGGGUUAAGAUUUACUACACGGAUCCUAUCCCCAUGCCUGUGGUCAUGGAUGCGGACCCCGUCAUCCAUCAACGGUGGAGCGGCGUCAUGAACAAGUUCGCGGUCUGGCGGAUGACCGAGUACUCCCAAGUUGCAUUGAUGGACACGGACAUGGUGUUCGAUGUCGAUGCAGAGAGUCCCGGGAAGAUCUUCGCGGAAUGCAGCGCUCCGCUGUGCGCGGUGCGUGAUGGAGACUCACGGUUCAUGAACGCAGGUGUCAUGGUGGUCACACCUUCGGGGCAGCGAUUGGCGCACAUCCUGCAGGUGCUGGCAGAUGAGCAGCACCACUUUGCGAUGCCAGAGCAGUCUUUCCUGACCCAGUACUGCAAGAACAAGAAGUUCAAGAUGAAGCUGCAGUUCUUGGACAAGAAGUGGAACUCGUGCGUGGGCGGCGGCAUGCUGCACAACACCGGCUGGGAAUCGACAGGCUACAAUGUGCUGCACUCCUGCUCGUGGACAGGGAAGCCUCCGAACAUGAAGAUGUGCUUUCCAGGGAAGUGCAGCAGCAACGAGGAAUGGCACACGGUCCUCGUUUGGCAGUUCUUCCACAUGCAGGUGGACAGCUGCAUCCGGCAUGAAGAUGUCAAUACUUGCAAUGGACAUCGAAGCCAGUGCCAGUGGUGCGGCAAGUAUUGCGGCACCAGGGAGAUCGCGUGUAACAAGAAGCUCUUCAACCAAACCUACAUCAAGGACAAAGAUGAGCCCGACAUCCAGGAAGCCUCCCGACUCGGAGCUCUCACUCGGAGCGUGUGGGACAUGCCGGACAACACCUCUCAGCAGGAGUGGAACAACCUCCCUACCGGGUCUUGGGCCUGGCCCCAGGUGGCAAUGUAUCAGAUCCUGAUCGAUCGCUUUGCCACGACCAAGCCCAAACACUGCGAGAAGUUGAACGAGUACUGCGGUGGAAGCAUCCCUGGUAUCAUGGACAAAGUCAGCUACCUGGAGGAGCUGGGUGUGGAUGGCAUCGUUUUGUCCCCGAUCGUGGACCAGAUGCCCCACGGCUACCAUGGCUACUGGACAAAGGACCUCAACAAGGUCAAUCCUGCCUAUGGCACGGAGGAAGAUGUGCGGGAGAUGGUGAUCUUGCUCCAUGAGCGGAAGAUGAAGGUCAUCGUUGAUGUGAACAUGAACCAUGCAGGGUCCCAGAAGGUCAACGCAAGCAACCCUCAUGAUGUGUCACUCCUCAAGCCUUUUGACAAGCCUGAGCACUAUCAUUCAGACAACUGCAGCCUCAUCCACGACUCCGACUAUGAACGAGGCUCCUACUUCCUCGAGCACUGCAAGCUGUACGGGCUGCCGGAUUUCAACCACGAGAAUCCGGUGGUGUGGCAGGGCCUGAUGCAGUGGGUGCGAGACCAUGUGGACAAGUACGGGUUCGACGGUAUUCGCGUGGAUGCCGCAAGACACAUCAACAGGAACUUUUUGAACCACAUCCCGGAGACUGGCCCGCCGAUUCCUGCCUAUUAUGAGGUCGUGAACACAGACAUGGCCUACGUCUCGGGCUACGCCACCGGAGAUUACGGGGCAGUCUACAAUUAUCCUCUCUACUUUGUGCUGAAGGACAUCUUCGUUCCUGGCCCGAAGCAGAAGCCUAUGUCUGCCCUCGGCGAUUGGAUCGUCAAGCAGUCGCCCAAGGCUCAGGGCCGCCUGAUGUUGAACUUCUUGGACAACAACGACCUGCCACGCUUUCUGUAUCGGAUCGGCGAGGGUGGCGGCGUGCCCGAGGCAACAAUGCUGGCGCUUUACCACAAUGCACUGCUGUCGAUGAUGGGCAUGGAGGGAUUGCCGGCCCUUCUCUUCGGCUCGGAGCAGAAUGCUCGUGGGCGUCUGAAUUAUUCCGAUCCGCUGAAGGUGGACAACUGGAGGCAGCCUUUGUGGCAUCACGGCUACAACACAUCCACCUCAACCUACCAGCUCAUCAAGAAGGUGCUGUGGGUCCGGCAGCGCACCAACGGCCUCCAUGCCUUCAAAUCCAUUCCCGUUUACAUGGACCACCAGGUUCUCGUUUGGGCUCGCGGUCCGGCCAUCUUUGCCGUGAGCAACGCUGGGCAACCCAGCAAAAUCCCAUCGCAGCGAGUUCUGUGGGACAAUGCCACGGCUGGGCUUGGUCCCUAUGGGACCCCAUCUCUCGUGUGCAACAUCCUGGACAUGAACCCUUUGAAGGACUGCGGUGUGCUCGUGCCCGGCAACAUUUCGAGACUGCAUCUCACCUCCGAUCCGAAGCUGUACGUACCAAAGGAGUACAUCACCGAGUACCUGUCCGUUCUAAAGAUUCGCAAAAAAGAAGGUGACAGAGUUGUUGAGGAGACAAAGAGCGAUCCCGCAGUGCUCCCCUUCACAAUGUGGAAGGUGAUGCCUGAUCCUCCCAAGAUUCAGAUCCAGGCUCAGAAGCGGCUUCCACGCUCAUGGAGACCUGGAACAGUGACUUUGAAUGGGAAUCCAUCCUGGGUAUGGCAUACGUUCCCCCAGCUUCCGCCUCACUUGGACAAGUGGGGACCACCCCUGGGAAUGCCAGUUCCGCAUGUCAUUAGCGGCUCCCUCAAGGACGGCUGUUUCUUCUUGGGUCCAGGAGAGAAGGAUGGUGCCUUGUAUGCCCGGCGGAAAGACAACCGGACGUACGUGCUUUGCCCGGAUGCCCCGGAGUUCUGCCCGCGCGUUAUCAAUGAUCAAGUGAAUUUGACUAGGCUGCGCGAACAUUCCCAGCAAGUGGACGUGCCCAAGCGGGAGCUGCCUGUGCUGCAUCUGACUUUUGAUGUGUGGUACGGUGUGUACCACAUGUUGGUCAGCGCGCUGCCUUCCAUUGCACCGCGACUGGACAUGCUUCGGAACGGCACCAUGGAGUUGAUGGUCCACGCCGGCCACAACUUCGUCGGCCAAAUCUUGUCCGUGCUUGGUGUGGAAGGCAAUAUCUUGCGGCCAACUUCAAACACAGAGGCAUUCCACUUCUGCGCGCCUGUGAUCCAUUUCGAUCUCUCCACCAGGCCACAGUACCCUCGCUUCGAGUUCUCGGUGCCUUACUUGGCCGAGUUCCGAAGAAAUCUACUAGCCAUGGACGAUUACAUGGAUGAGUCCGCCAGGCCCUGCAGACUGAAGAAUCGGGGGCAUAUCGUGGUCCUGUCACGAGGUCACGGCUCUAGAUCUCUUGGUAACGAGGACGAGAUGGUCCAGGCUUUGAAGACCUUGGGAAGACCUGUCGAGGUCGUGACGCCCGACCCGAAGAACUUCCUCCACACCCUGCAGGCGCUGUCCAGAGCGGAGAUCUUGCUGGGCGCACAUGGAGCCAACAUGGCCAACAUGAUCUUCGCACCGGAUGGCAUGAAGGUUGUGGAGAUCGUUCCUCAGGUGCCCUUCAAGAUGCAGGACUACCACUUUUGGGACUUGGCUGCAGCUUUGAACUUCACGUACCUUCCCAUUGGGGACAAGGUCAUGCCGAAUGAGUAUGACCACCAGCUCGCCGCGGACCCGAUGACGGAGGACAAGGCUGUCCUGUCGAUGAAUGUGGACGUCGAGGAGGUGAAAGCCUUGAUCUCCAGCUUGCUGCAAUGA